AUGGAAAGCAGAGAGGACAUAAUUCGAGUAAAGAAGGAGCUGAAAGAUACUCGUCCAGAUGCAUCUAAAGGUUAUAAUUUCGAAUCGGUGGAUUCUUACGAAGUCAAAAACUUUGUAACAUUCAAGUUUGAUAAAUCAUUGGCAAAUCACUCGAAUGAGACUGCGAUACAGGAAAAGUUAGAUGAAAAAAUAUACAUAGACUUUGAGUGCAGAGAUGUAAAAUCUGAACCGACUUCUUGUUUUAUGAGCUUCUGCAAAUCUGAGCAUGAAAAUUUUCAACCAAUUAUCGUAAAUAUGGAAAACGAAAUUGAGAGAGAUGACGUAAAUGAAAAUAUAUUUGUUGAUUUUGAGUGUAAGGAUGUCAAACCCGAAUUGAAGUCAUUAUCGAAAGUUAUCUGCAAAAAUGAAUAUCAAAAUUAUCCACCAAUUGUUCAGGCUCAUUAUCUUAAUGAUAAAAAUCAGAUAAUUUUAAUGAAAAAUGAAUUCGACAAUAAUAAUCUCAAGAAUCACAUAAAUGGAGUACAUGAUCGCAGCAAAUCCUAUGAAUGUAACUUCAAUGUUCACAUAAAUACAGUUCAUGAUUGUAUCAAGCCCUUUGAAUGUGAAAUUUGUCACAAAUCAUUUGGAAUCGAAGGGACCCUCAAAGUUCACAUCAAUGUAGUACAUAAUCGCAGCAAACUAUUUGAAUGUAAAAUUUGUUAUAAAUCAUUUGGACAAAAAGGUCACCUCAAUGUUCACAUAAAUACAAUCCAGUUAAACAAAGAGUAA